AUGGCUUCAGAGCCCGACAAUACCCCGUCCCCGUUUCCUCUGACGGCUGUGGAUCGGUCUGUCCUGGCCAUGACGGAUGACCAAUUCCAUCCACAUACAUGGGAAGAGUUGAAACAGAUCAUUGCUGAGCACAACCUCAGCGUCCUGAAAAGGUGGCCAUCCGACUUGAAACGCUACAUCAAGUGGUCAAGCCAGACAAAGGCUACGUAUGGCACGGUCCCUAACUUUGUCAUGAGGGAACGACUGAAAUGGACUCCGUUACCUUCGUCGACGCCGGAAACGGGUCCAAGGUUUGCUGUCAACAACCCUAUCCCAUUUGCAGACCAGGCAGAUUAUAAGAUUCUGCUUAACGACUGGCCGUAUGGAUUGGCGCCUGGUAUUAGGCACAUUAUUGUGUGGCUCAAGACCCGGUUAGAAUCAGAGCCAACUAGAGGCGACAUGACCCCGAAAUCCAGACAGCAGGUCGAGGAUUUCAUUCAGUCUACCUUUGUGGACCGAGUCAAAGAACUGCCCGGUGAGCAGGAAAAGGUCAUAUGGUUCAAGAAUUGGACCGAGCUGCAAUCCGUGCCGGGAAUGGAACAUGUCCAUGUCUUGUUGAGAGAUGUCCCCGACGAUAUCAUUCGAGAGUGGACAGGCGGUGAUCAACCUAUAAACAAUUAG